AAACAAUGCAACUAUGCAAAUGCAGUCCUUGUUCGUGUGUAGGGUUCCAUUCCCAUCACCAUGUAUAAGCAUAGGAGUAGACGACAACAACAACAACAGUAAGAGCACAACAGUGAAGAGAAGAAGGAACUUGAACACAGUGAGAGCAAUGCGAGCCGUCGUUCAGCGCGUGGCCUCCGCCUCCGUCGAGGUCGACGGCCGCGUCGUAUCGGAGAUUGGCCCCGGCCUCCUCGUCCUCGUCGGAAUCCACGAUUCCGACGGCACAAUCGACGCCGAUUACAUAUGUCGGAAGGUGUUGAAUAUGAGGCUAUUCCCAAAUGAAACCACAGGAAAAGCAUGGGACAUGAGCGUGAUGCAGAAGAAUUACCAGGUUUUGCUAGUGAGUCAGUUUACUUUGUAUGGAAUCCUCAAGGGUAACAAGCCGGAUUUUCACGUCGCGAUGGCGCCUCAGAGAGCUAAACCUUUCUAUGCUUCUUUGGUUGACAUGUUUAGGAAUGCCUAUAACCCUGAUGCAAUCAAGGAUGGUGUAUUUGGAGCGAAGAUGAAGGUAAAUUUGGUUAAUGAUGGACCAGUUACAAUGCAGCUUGAUUCAAAUUCACGCAAGAAUACAGCUGAUGCAGCAGAAUCUUGAUCAGUGCUUGACCUGGCUUGAUGAAAUUGAUUUUGAAUUCUGUCCCUUUUGUCAGCAAGACCCGAUAUAAGAUAUUAUUUUUGUUCAUUCCAUUUGAAGUUCUUUCUCCCUGAUGGAAUAACUUCACCAUUUUAUAACAGUAUUCAGCUCAAAGAAUGUUUCCUUGUCCGCUUCUGCGAUCUGGGAAUAGAGUUUGGAUACUUUUUGGACAAACUAAUACCGGAUGACCACUAAUCUUGAUUGAGCGUUUCCAUGACUGAAGGUUUAAUGACCAUAUGGCAUAUGCCAUGCUAUAUUUGUAAACUAAACCUGUUUUUUUUAAGUUUUGGUUGAUCUUAGUGUCCAUGGAUGACUUUGUAGUAUUAUUUUGUUUUGUUGGUAUGGAUCCCUGAUUAUAAUCAACAUAUGAGGGAUUUUGAAUAUCCCAACAUCCGUUUA